GGGGCGCUUCUUCCCCAAUUCAUCCCCCUCGGUAGUUUCCUCCUGGGCGGGCGGGCGUGCGCGUCCUCGCGCCCUUUUCCGCGCCCUGCGUGCUCGCUCCCGCAGUCUGCGGGCUGGCUUGCUUAGCUCUCCUUCGUCUCUCUGUCUGUCUGUCUUUCUGUCCUUCCUUCCUUUCCCCUCUCUCUCUUCAUCCACCCUCCCCUUGGGCUCCCCCUCCCCCCCCUCUCUGCCCUCACUGUUGCUCCCUCUCUUUCUCUCUCUUUCUCUCCUCGCCUCGCCUCUCCUGAAGCCGCUUGGCAUGAAGAUGGUGGCCAGCGUCCGGGUGCAGAAGCUGGUCCGCCGGUAUAAGCUGGCGAUCGCCACGGCGCUGGCCAUCCUGCUCGUUCAGGCCCUGGUGGUGUGGAGCUUCAGCAGCCUGGAGGAGGAGGACGACCAGGGGGAGGCUCGGCAAAAGAAGGCCCAGCUACUUGAAAACAGCGAAGGCUCCAAAGAUUUGGACAGCUCUGCAGGCCGAAGGGGCGGCUUGAACCGGAAGCAUGGCCGAUGGAAGAAUCGCCCGGACAGCCCCGGGGUCCUGGUCGCAAAGGUGGUGCGGGCAGUCACAGUGAAGCACAAGCCUGGGCACAGGUUGCCUGUCUAUCUGGACUCCUCGAGCCAGAGGAACCUGAGUGAUCUCAGAGGGGAUGCUCAGAUGGCGGUUUUCCAGCAAGGAGACACCGGAAGCGUUGAAGGGGCACCUCAGCCCACCGAGAACAACUUCACUCCCAAGUGUGAGAUCAUGGGCAAAGAUGCCUUGUCCGCCUUAGCCAGGGCCAGCUCGAAGCAGUGCCAGCAGGAGAUUGCCAACGUGGUGUGUCUGCACCAAGCUGGGAAGCUGAUGCCACAUUCUGUGCCUCGACAGUGCCAGCUCUCAGGGAAAGUUAGCCCAGUGAUCCAGUGGGAUGACAGCAGGAUGCACCAGGUCUCUGUCAGCCGGCCGGUCCGGAUUGCCUUCAUGCUGGUGGUCCAUGGGCGAGCCAUCCGCCAACUAAAGCGCCUCAUCAAGGCCGUGUACCAUCAACAGCAUUUCUUCUACAUCCACGUUGACAAGCGUUCUACCUACCUGCACCGUGAAGUGGUGGAGAUGGCCCAGCACUAUCCCAACAUCCGGGUCACACCUUGGCGAAUGGUCACCAUCUGGGGUGGAGCCAGUUUGCUGAAGAUGUACCUGCACAGUAUGAAGGACCUGCUGGAGAUGACAGACUGGACUUGGGACUACUACAUCAACCUCAGUGCCACAGACUACCCUACCAGGACCAAUGAGGAGCUAGUGACUUUCCUAUCAAAAUAUCGAGAUAAGAACUUCCUCAAGUCUCAUGGCCGAGAUAAUGCCAGGUUCAUCAAGAAGCAGGGCCUAGACCGGCUCUUCCACGAAUGUGACUCUCACAUGUGGCGACUGGGGGAGAGGCAGAUCCCAGAGGGCAUUGUGGUGGAUGGUGGCUCAGACUGGUUUGCCCUCACUCGCAGCUUUGUGGAGUACGUGGUCUACACCAGCGACCGGCUAGUCUCCCAGUUGCGGCAGUUCUACACAUACACACUUCUCCCAGCAGAGUCCUUUUUCCACACUGUUCUGGAGAACAGCCAUGCCUGUGAGACCCUCGUAGAUAACAACCUUCGUGUGACUAAUUGGAACCGCAAGCUGGGCUGCAAAUGCCAGUACAAGCACAUUGUGGACUGGUGUGGCUGCUCACCGAAUGACUUCAAACCACAAGACUUCCUGCGACUGCAGCAACUCUCCAGACCCACGUUCUUUGCCAGAAAGUUUGAAUCGACCAUCAAUCAGGAAGUGCUAGAGAUCUUGGACUCUCACCUCUAUGGUAACUACCCACCUAAUACGCCAGCCCUCAAGGCCUAUUGGGAAAGUGUCUAUGACCGUGUGGAUGGGCUGAGUGGGCUCAGCGAUGUCACCCUCACUGUGUACACAUCCUUCUCCAGGCUGGGCCUACAGAAAGCGAUGUCUACACCAACACAGAAAGAGGAGCGGUUCUGCAGAUUUGAGCCACAAGGCUUCCCUUCAAGUGUGCACCUCUAUUUCUAUGAUGACCAUUUCCAAGGUUACUUGGUGAAUCAGGAAGUACAGAACUCUGUAACCCAGCAGGCAGAAUCUCUAGAAAUAUGGAUGAUGCCCCGGGGGACUCUCAAGCUUGCAGGGCGCACCAGGCAAACAAACCGUUUGCAGAAUCUUGAGGUAGGAACUGAGUGGGACCCCAAGGAGAGGAUCUUCCGCAACUUUGGUGGAUUGAUUGGACCUUUCGACGAACCAGUGGCAAUGCAGAAGUGGGCGCGGGGGCCCAACCUCACAGCCACUGUGGUUUGGAUUGACCCUGCCUAUGUCAUUGCCACAUCUUACGACAUCACGGUGGAUGCAGAGGCGGAGUUCACUCAGUACAAGCCACCUCUCAACCGGCCUCUCCGUCCGGGCGUGUGGACCAUCCGCCUCCUCCAAUUCUGGGAGCCCCUAGGGGAAAGCCAAUUCCUGGUGGUCCCACAAACUUUCAACCACAAACAGCCCCUCAGGAAAGAUGACGGCAAGUGGCUGCAUGCCGGCCCUCCCCACAAUGAGUAUAUGGAGCAGAAUUUCCAGGGCCUGGCUGGGAUCUUGAGCUUACCUCGUCUGGAUGAAACUGGGAGAGCCUCCCAUCAACACAUGCAGCUGGUUGGCCAUGCUCUGGAAAACUGGACGGACAGCAGUGUUAGCAACUUCUGGUCAGUAGCCAGCCUCUGUGUGGCAAGUCCAUCUAGCUGCUCCACCCUGGAACUCUGUAGCAAAACUUCCUGGAGUUCACUGUCCCCAGACCCCAAAUCAGAACUGGGGGCCAUCAAGCCUGAUGGGCGGCUGAGGUAGCAGGGGCAGCCAGCAGCACACUGUUCGGAUUGAAAAAGCAUUGCUCCCCACUCACAGUGGGUGUGGGGUGGGCAGUUCUGCCCUUUCCUUUCCAUGGGGCAACCUCUUGACUUAGACAUCAUACUAUGAAAGUGGGAUCUCAUGUGGUGAACCCAAGAAAGGGAUCUUUAAUGAAGCAGAAGCAAACUUGCCCACUGGAGACUCAAUGAUGGUGCAGAGAUCCCAUCCACCGAUCUCAGGAUUGAAGAGAGAGAAGAUGUGGAUGUGGAGAGCUUGUGUAUUUAUGAAUCCAACCUUUGGAAACUCUCUGAUCUGGUCAGUUGGCUGACAGCUUCCUGGCUCCAACACACUUCAGCCAGCAAGCCCUUCUCAUCUGUGGACUAUUUUCUUCAAAACCAGGACUUUUUGUUCCCAUGUGGUUGCUGGCAGAGGAUUCUGGGAAAUGGCAGGGUGAGGUAGCAGGGAGAAUACGGGAAACCAGGCUGUUGCUGACUGCGUCUGGAUCUUUUGUGCAGCUAGUACUGGUUUGGCAGGCACGUUCCCCACCCUCCCACACCAUCCUUUUUGUCCUUAUUUUUUAUGUGUAUGUAUGUAUAUGAAAUGGAUAAUGAAAACAAAGUGCAAUAGAGUCCACAGUCAUUCUGCUAUCCUCUCCACCCAUCUUUCAUCUCAGUAUUUCCGCUUUUUCUUUUCCAUUGUAAGGUUCCCUCCACAUGGUGCUGGGUGUUUGGCUCUUGCUGCUGACAUUUACGAAAGAGUCUGUCUCUCUCCCUCUCAUUUCAAAUUGGAGCUAUUCCUGCCACUUUGGCCCCUGGCAACUGUGCCAAGGAUCCUUUUUAAUGACGCUGCCAAUUGUGCCAAACCUACAUACCUGCUAAUGACCCCAACAUACUUAUCUCAAACAUCACUCAGUCUUUUGUGUGUGCGUGUCCUUGUUCUUUUCAGCCUGCAGCCUGGCAUAUUCAUGCAUCAGUAGUGUCUUGCAGAGUUACGUGAAUGCUUCUGUCUGCCCCAUCCAGAGAUCCUCAAGCCAGAUAGUGUGGAAUCUGAGGUUAAAAUGUGUUGUUGGAUUGCUGGUCAUCCAUUGUCUGUUUGCAUCUGUUGCCAUGCUGAUCUAAUCUGACCUGUGUCACCUCUUCUCCUGGUCUGUUGACUGAUGGUUGCAUCUCCCAAUUUCAUAUUUAACGCUGCCAAACAAGCUAAGUGGGCAUCAUUUGUGAUUCUAUCCAUGUAUGUGUGUGUACACAUACACUUCAUUUUUUGGAGAAUCUGUCCCUCUGUGAUUAUAUGCCUCAAGGCCAAAAAUGGUGUUCCCACCCAUUUUGAGAGAUCUUACCUGUGUUGAAUGUUGUCUACUAUCCAAUCAUAUUUCUCGCCUGCUCUGAUCCUUCAGGUGCAUCCCACUAUGCUAAGUGACCACUCCCAGUUGAACUGGGGACAACCGUGUCUGGGCUUCUGUGUCUUCUUUCCUAAUUGUUGUUACAAAACAAAUAUGUGAAGACAAAAUGCUCUCCUUUGGAAUAUAUUUUAUUUUUAAUGUGUGCCAUAUCAAAAUUAAGGUCAGAACACACAGGGAAACUGGGGCCCUCCAGAUGUUUCUGGACUCUAACUCCCAUCAGCUCCAACAACUAUGGCUAGACGUCAUGAACAAUGGGAGUCAAAGACCAGCAACACCAGGGGGGCACAUAUUCUCAGCUCCUAAUUAGAUGAUUUGGGGGGAGGGUGGAAGAGGUUAUGGCUGUUCUGAACUUUUUUAGAAACGUUUUCUUCUCCCUUCCCCCUCAAUUUGAAAUGGACUCUGAGGUUCAGAGUUCUAAAACAAUCUCAGCAGGAUUUUAAGAAUGUUCUGGUCUCAGGGUUGAGUCUGAGCCUUUCAAGAGAAUGGCCUUCCCUGCCUUGAUUUAAUUCAAGCCUGGCUAGUGGUUUUCCAUCCCCUUGAAUUAGAAGUACAGAUCAUAUGGGAUCUCCAGUGUUAAAAGUUUUCUGAUUUAUAGGAGCUGUGCUGGUGCUAAACAGACUAAGAUGAGGGUUAUCAAACCCAUCGCACAGCUGAUUGGGACCAGUCCCCCUGCCCCGGCCACCGGCCACUCUGUUUCCAGUUGUUGGGAGUGGGCCUCAGGGUGCAUCUUAGCCUGGAAAAAGGGACUCAUUUCCUGUGUCCUGCCUUCUGAGCCAAGGGGGAGAGCCAGGCAGAGCUCAAAUGGAAACCUAUUCCAAAGAAUGAGUGCCGAAAGCUUUUGUGUCAGAAGCAUUAUGUAAAGUUGUCUUAAAUAUGCAACACAAAUAUAUCUAUAUCUCUA